AUGAUUAGAGCCCCAGCAGCUCAUUGUCUCUAUUAUAGGACGGGACCAGACAGCAAGCCUUGCCGAAGAGGCUUGAAGCCGAUUCCCGCCUCGCAAUAUAACGAGGUGCUUGACGCGGCUGCCAUCUAUGUUGAUGGCAUGCGGACGGGAGACCUAGCCUACACGUCCAAGGGUUUUCGAGACACCGCUACUGUCUAUGGUUACAUCGAGGACAAGUUCCAAGAAGGAAGCGUCAACCUUAUUUUGAACUAUAUGAAGACACAAAAGGAGCCUCCAGUUUUUAGCGUGAACUUAAGUGUUAUCGGUAUGACGCCAAGUACCGCAGUCGUCAAAUGUGAAAUGGACAUCGAUGCGCCUGAGUAUGAGUACACAGACUUCAUGUCGCUGGCCAAGGUGGAUGGAAAGUGGCAAAUUGUGGCUAAGGUUUUCCAUGCCUACUUGGAUGAAUAG